CCGCCACCUUUCCCUUUCUAUAUACACACACGCAAUACCCACCAAGAACACACACAAACACUUAAUUAGCAAUAUAAAAAGCACAUUCACAAACUCUUUCCAACACACCAACACAAAAAAAAAACCAAGAACAAAAAACAAUUAAACAAUAUGGCAUUUCUUCUGAGUUUUUUGAUACUAGCGUUUCUUAUAACCAUCAUCUUCUUUUUAUCUUCAUCUUCAACUAAAAAAGUCCAAGAAAACACCACAUAUGGACCACCAUCGUAUCCACUCAUUGGCUCCAUACUCUCUUUCAACAAAAACCGUCAUCGUCUUCUUCAAUGGUACACCGAGCUUCUCCGUCUCUCUCCGUCUCAAACCAUCUUAGUUCCUCUCCUCGGCAACCGUCGCACCAUCAUCACAACAAACCCAUUAAACGUCGAGUACAUUCUCAAAACAAACUUCUUUAACUUCCCUAAAGGUAAACCUUUUACUGAUCUUCUUGGUGAUCUUCUCGGUGGAGGCAUAUUCAAUGUCGACGGUCACUCAUGGAGCUCGCAGCGCAAACUCGCUAGCCACGAGUUCUCCACUCGCUCGCUUAGGAGUUUUGCUUUUGAGGUUCUUAAAGACGAAGUGGAGAACCGUCUAGUCCCGGUUUUAUCCACGGCGGCUGAUGUUGGUACGACCGUGGAUUUGCAAGAUGUUUUGAAACGUUUUGCUUUUGAUGUUGUUUGUAAAGUCUCGUUGGGUUGGGAUCCGGAUUGUUUGGAUCUAACCCGACCCGUUAAUCCACUUGUGGAGGCUUUUGACACCGCUGCUGAGAUUAGUGCUCGCCGUGCCACGGAGCCUAUUUACGCUGUUUGGAAAACGAAGCGUGUGUUGAACGUGGGAAGCGAGAGGAAGCUUAGGGAAGCGAUCAGGACCGUGCACGUGUUGGUCUCUGAGAUUGUCAGAGCUAAGAAGAAGAGUCUUGAGAUCGGAACCGGAGCAGAAGCAAAGCAAGAUCUUUUGUCGAGGUUUCUAGCCGCCGGCCACAACGGCGAAGCAGUGAGGGACAUGGUUAUUAGUUUUAUCAUGGCGGGAAGAGAUACAACGUCAGCAGCGAUGACGUGGCUGUUUUGGUUGUUGACUGAGAACGAUGACGUGGAGCGGAAGAUUUUAGAAGAAGUGGACCCGUUGGUGAGUUUAGGGUUAGGGUUUGAGGAUUUGAAAGAGAUGGCUUACACGAAGGCUUGUCUAUGUGAAGCCAUGAGGCUAUAUCCUCCAGUUUCGUGGGACUCUAAACAUGCUGCAAACGACGACGUUUUGCCUGAUGGGACACGUGUCAAGAGAGGAGACAAAGUGACCUAUUUCCCAUACGGUAUGGGGAGGAUGGAGACGCUAUGGGGUACGGAUUCAGAAGAGUUUAACCCGAACCGGUGGUUUGAUUCUGAACCGGGGAGUACACGACCGGUUUUGAAACCUAUUAGUCCCUACAAAUUUCCGGUUUUUCAAGCCGGGCCGAGGGUUUGUGUAGGGAAAGAGAUGGCAUUUAUGCAGAUGAAAUACGUCGUUGGUUCUGUUUUGAGUCGGUUUGAGAUUGUGCCGGUUAACAAAGACCGGCCGGUUUUUGUUCCUCUUUUAACGGCUCAUAUGGCUGGUGGGCUUAAGGUGAAGAUCAAGAGAAGAAGUCACAUCCUUAACAACGUUUAAUAGAAUAUGUAAAAACGAGUUAUUUAUAUAUAGAAUAUCAGUGUGGCAAUACUCCUGCCUGCGAAAUCAAUCUGUAUAAAUUUGUAAAACAUACCAAAACCGAAUAUAAUCAGGUAAGUUUUGGUUCAAUUCCUUGAAACAUAAUUUUUUGCAUCGAGUUAGAAAUAGAGCUUGUAGUCUUGCCGCUGACCCAAACGAAACCAAAUUGGAUUGAGCAAACCGAAAAUAACCAAAUAAGCCCAAAAAUCAAU